AAGCUGAUCUGUUUGUGGAAGUCAUUGCAGAGGACUACGUGAGGCAGUAGAUGUCCUUAUAGGUAUGGUGAUAAUAAUGUGUUGUGUUUGUGUACAGUGGCGGUACGCGACAUUGCUGGAGCGUCUGGUGUCAGUGCUGGGCGUGUGCGUGGGCGUGCUGAGCUCGCUGGGCACCAUCGCCGGCAUCGUGCUGUACGGCGAGCUGACGGCGCUCUUCGUGAAGCGACACACCGCGCAGCCCGCGCCCGCUGACAUAUACAUGCUCACGUUUUUCGGAGGGGGACGGCUGUUGCCCGCAGGCAACAGGUCGCUGCACAUGGACGCGCUGCUGGAGGACAGCGCGGCGUUCGCGUGGGCGAGCGCGGCCGUCAUAGCGCUACACAUCGCCACCGCCGCCCUCGCUGUGGCGCUGCUGCAGUGGGCGUCCGCGCGGAUGGUAACUCGGCUCCGCAUCCGCCUCCUCCGCUCAGUGAUCAGUCAGGAGAUCGCGUUCUUCGACACUAACACCAGCAUGAACUUCGCCACCACGCUCACAGAGGACAUGGAGAAAUUCCGCUGCGGAGUGGGCGAGCACGUGGCAAUGACUGCCAACCUGUGUGGCACUGUACUAGUGGGAGCCAUACUGGCGCUACACUACGGCUGGCAGCUGGCACUGGCGGGGCUGUCUGUAGUGCCAGUCUCACUGGCUGUACAGGCGGUAGUGGCCAAGUACCAAACCGCGUGCAACGCGCGCGAAGUAACCGCGUACGGCGCCGCCGCGCGCAUUGUGGAGGAAGCGCUCGCCGCCAUCCGCACCGUGCGCGCGUACUCGGCCGAGCGCAUCGAGGCGCAGCGCUACACGCGCGCGCUCGGCGCCGCCGCCCGCCACGCGCGCGCGCGCGGCGCCUGGGCCGGCGCCGGCGCAGGCCUCGGCUGGCUACUCACGUACGCGCUCAACGCCAUCGUAUUCGCCUACGGAGCGGAGCUAUGCGUCCGCGACAUGGACCUCGAACCCGAACUACAACAAUACCAUGCCGGAGUCAUGGUCACUGUGCUAUUCCUUACGUUCAUGGCGGCUCAGAAUAUAGCAAUGUGUCAGCCUCACUUGGAAACAUUCAGCGCAGCCCGCGGCGCCGCCCGCUCCCUCUACCGCCUGCUGCAGAGACGGUCAAAGAUCAAUGCGCUGGAGUCGACUGGGAUCAAACCUGACAAGUUCCGUGGAGAUAUCACGUUUGAGAAUCUAUACUUUAAUUAUCCUUCGCGGCCUGACGUCAAGGUCCUCCGCGGCCUGAGCCUGCGCGUGCGCGCGGGCGAGAGCGUGGUGCUGGUGGGCGCGUCUGGCUGCGGCAAGUCCACGCUGCUGCAGCUGCUGCAGCGGCUGUACGAGCCUGACUCCGGACACAUCACGGUCGACGGACACCCGCUGCAAGCGCUGGACCUGCAUCACUUCCGCCGGAGCAUUGGAGUGGUAGGUCAGGAGCCGGUGUUAUUCUCGGGAACUAUCCGAGAGAACAUCACGCUUGGCAUGGAUGACGUCACCGAAGAUGACCUCAUCGAGGCCGCCACCACCGCGCACGCGCAUCAGUUCAUCACCAAACUUGCGAAUGGUUACGACACGGUCCUGGGCGCGGGCGGGUCGCAGCUGUCGGGCGGCCAGAAGCAGCGCAUCGCCAUCGCGCGCGCCAUCGUGCGGCGGCCGGCCAUCCUGCUGCUGGACGAGCCGACGGCGGCGCUGGACCCGGCCGCCGCGCGCGCCGUCGCCGCCGCGCUCGCCGCCGCCGCGCGGGGCCGCACCACGCUGCAGGUCUCGCACCGCCUGCAAGGUCUGUCCGCGCAGCACAUAGUGUGCGUGGAGCAGGGCGCGGUGCGGGAGCAGGGCGCGCACACAGAGCUGCUGGCGCGGCGCGGCCUGUACUGGGCGCUGCUGCAGGAGGACCUCACCACCAAGAGUGUGAAUGUGAUGAACUCAGAGCCGGUUGUGGAGGACGACGAUGACGUUACUACUGCUGACGACCACACCCACUUCAAGAGGGGUGUCAGUCAACAGUCCGUCAGAGACUCGUCCCGCCACUUCACCCGCAGCAGUAUCCGCAUGAGCUCGGUGUCUGCCCACAUACCGCACAGCGCGCUCGCGCAACUUGACACGGAGGACUCGGAGGACCCUGUCCAGUCCACGGAGGAAGGAGAAGAGGACACUAGUCCCUCAGUAUCUAGCUGGGAUCUACUGAAACUGAACGCGGCGGAGUGGCCGCAGCUACUAGGGGGGGCGCUAGCGUCGCUACUGGUCGGGGCCACUAUGCCAGUGUUCGCGCUAUUAUUCGCAGAGUUGUAUGGGAUGUUCUCGUGGUCGGACGGCGGCGCCAUCCUGCGCCAGUCGCGCGUGUACGCCGCGCUGUUCGCGGGCGUGGCGGCGGCGUGCGGCGCGCUCACGUUCCUGCAGGCGUGGCUCUUCAACCGCGCCGGCGCGGGCCUUACCGACCGUCUGCGCCAGAUGACCUUCCAGAACUAUCUACUACAGGAGCAGGGUUGGUUCGACCGCACCGAGAACUCAGUGGGCGCGCUGUGCGCCCGCCUCGCCACCGACUGCGCCGCCGUGCAGGGCGCUACUGGUACUCGGCUGGGUACGAUGCUGCAAGGAAUCAGUACGAUGUCGCUGGGCGUGGGGCUUGCUCUGUUCUACUCCUGGAAGAUGACGCUCGUCAGUCUGCUGUCGGUGCCCUGUGUAAUGGGUGGUAUCUACCUGGAAGGCUGGGUGAACAGACGGGUGGAGGCUCGAACCCGGGCCGCCAUGGAGCAAGCCAGUCGGGUUGCCACUGAGGCAGUGCUCAAUGUACGCACUGUACACAGUCUUGGCGUGGAGCGUACAAUCCUGGCCCGCUACAGCGCGGCGCUGGCGGAGGGCGCGGGCGCGGCCGGGCCGGCGCGCCGCGUGCGCGGGCCCGUCUACGGCGCCUGCGUCUGCGCGCCCACCCUCGGGUACGCCGUGUCGCUCGCGUACGCCGGGUACCUCAUCGCCAGGGAGGACCUGCCUUAUCAAAACGCUAUACUCGUGUCGGAGGCGCUGAUCUACGGCGCGUGGAUGUUGGCGGCCGCGCUGUCGUUCGCGCCGUCCUUCGCGGCCGCGCGCCGCUCGGGGGCGCGCAUACUGGCCGCGCUGCGACGCGCGCCCCGCGUACUUACUGAGGACACCGCCGAGGACAUACCGGACUGGAACGUAGAAGGCACAGUGUCGUUCAGCGACGUGUCGUUCAGCUACCCGACCCGGGCACAGAGCCCGGUGCUGCGCGGUCUGUCGCUGUCGGUCCCGGCCAGGUCCAGCACGGCGCUGGUGGGCCACAGUGGCUGCGGGAAGUCCACCCUGCUGCAGCUACUCAUGAGGAACUACGACCCCAGCGCGGGGACAGUGACGAUAGACAACAAGGACAUCAAGCGCACCCUGACGCUGGGCCAGCUGCGCGCGCAGCUCGGGCUGGUGCAGCAGGAGCCGGCGCUGUUCUCCGCCAGCGUCCGGGACAACAUCGCGUACGGCGAGCCCGGCCAGCGCGCCGCCAUGCACGACGUCAUGGACGCCGCCAGGCAGGCCAACGUCCACAGCUUCAUCAUGGGGCUGCCGCAGGGUUACGACACAAUACUGGGGAGCGGCAGCGGAGCGUCCCUAUCUGGGGGACAGAAACAGAGGAUCGGUAUAGCGCGAGCACUACUGCGACGCCCCAAAAUAUUAUUACUGGAUGAACCCACGUCGGCACUCGACGCUAGCAGUGAGAAGUCAGUACAAGAGGCGCUGGAGGCGGCGGCGGCGGAGCGAACUACUAUCAUCAUCGCGCACAGGCUCGCCACCGUACGAAAUGCCGACCUCAUCUGUGUCAUUGAUCAAGGUGUAGUGGCAGAGAGUGGUACUCACGAAGAGCUCGUGAAACGUCGCGGUCUGUACUGGACUCUGUUGCAGCAACAAGCCGGCGACGCUGCAACGUGA